GGGGGGCUGCGGGCUCGGGGUCUGGCGGGCGCUGGCGCGGGGCGCCGGGGUCAGGGGGCAGCGGGCGCCAUGGCAACGGGAUGCGCAGAGGCGGCGCCGGGGGGCGGUUGAGCGGCAGGAGGUUGGUGUGGAUGUGACCAGUGGUGCCGGGUCCCCCGGCAAGGUGGAAGAAGAAUCCGUAAACGGACGCUGAUGGCUACAAAACCCAAGAAAAGUUUAAGAGGCUCCAUCGAUGAUGUGCUUGGUGACCUCCUGGGCUAUGAUGAUGAAACCUCUCUUAAAUCUGCCGAAGCUUCCCAGCCAGCUGUGGGCAGCAGUAGGAGAGCCCAGGACACUGGCUUGCAGGCCAGAAAGAAGUCCAUUUUAGAAGAUGAUUUCUUCGACAGACUCCCUGCGAAGGACAUAAAUUCUGCAGAGGGAUCCAGUGUCUCCGACACAGACCCGCAAGCUGUGCUGCAGACCCUGAAGGAUAUGGAUGACAUGGAAGCUGAUCUCCUGGGAAUCCCGAAACCCAGUUCUGGGCCAGGGAAGACAACUGUGAAAGGUCCUGGGAAAUGUGACUCCUUGGGAGGAGGAGUAAAAAACACAGGGAAGCUGGUAGCUCCUGAGGAAGGAGAGAAAGUGCCUGCGAUGGAAAAGAAGGCGCUCUCGUCCCCUGCUGCUCCCCGACACAACAAGAAACUUAACUUUGAAGAUUUAGAUGAUCCUUUGGCAGGACUUUUAUCUGAUGAGGAGCAGGAUGCUCCCAAGAAACCAGCUCCAACAGGCGCUAAAAACAGCUCUGAGGAAAAACCAGAACAGAGCAAAGAGAAAGAGCCACCUCCACCCCAGACGCCCCUGCACACCGUGGCCCCAGUCCAGAGGAGGGCUGAGCUCACUUUUGAAGAUACCGAUGAUGACCUGAUGCAUGCGCUGGGACUUGGCAGUGGCUCAAAAGGAGCUGAGAAGCAGGGAAAGAAGGCAGAAAAAGAGGUGCUCCGGCCAGCCCGCUCCAAGCUGGAUGAGUUGCUGGGACGAAAUUCCGUGGCCAAAAUCCUGGAACAGCCAGGCACAGGAGAGCGCAGAGAGUUCAAACUGGAUAAGAAGUACCAAAAGCAGCCAGAGAAGGAAGACGGCUGGGACAAGGAGGAUUUUGUCUUUGGAGCGUACCAGCCGACGGUGGCCUCCAUGCCCAAGGGCCAGCUGGCGAGGAGGCAGCCUGUGGGCAGGUUUCCAGCCGAGAACAGCAGCGAACCAAAACCAGAACCCCGCUCCAAAUCUCCUCCUUCAGCCAGCCACAGCCCUGUGCGGAGCAGCCGGACUAGAGGUGACUGGCUGGGCUUGAAAGAUGAGGAUUUUAUGGAUUUGAAGCCAACAUCUGCAGCAAAAGCCAGUCCUGCAGUGAGCUACCCCAGCCCCGGCACAGCCCAGCAGCCCGGCCCCACCAGCCAGCUCCCGGCUGCAGAGGCAGUGCUGGCUAAACCUGACCCGCUGGAGGAAGACAACUGGCUGAGCGCUGCCUUGUCUCGCAAGAAAGCCCAAGCACAGGCGAAGGCUCAGGAGCAAAGUGCCAAGCCCUUGGAGUCCCCAGAAGGAGGGCUGGAUCCCCACUCUCCUGUCAGCCAGCCAGCCAGCCCCGCAGGAGCAUCGCAGCAGGCAGCUGUCCCGCAGGACCAGGCAGCGAGUGCAGAUGGCUCCAGGCAGCCGGUCCCCUGGCUCAGCACCGCGAAACAAGCCUCGGUUCAACCAUCGGAUCCUGCGAAGGGGCAUCCCUCCAGAAAUGCCGGUGCCUUGGCCUCUACAGGCUCAUUCCCAGGAAAGCAGGAGGCGCCAGGCCCUGCCCUGCUCACUCAGGUUCCUGCACCCAGGGCACAUGUCCAGGCUCCCCCGCAGCUGCAGGCAGAGUUCUCGGCCCCGGGCUUGCAGCAUGAGACGAGGCAGGGGGCUCCCGCAGCCCAGCUCCAUGAGGAUGCAUCAGGCUGCCAGGCAGCACUGCUGAGCGCCCAGGCCCGUGUGGCAGAGCUGGAGAGCCAGGUCCGAAUGCUGGAGCUGGAGCGGACACAGCGCAAACUGUUGCUGGAAAAUCUCCAGCAGCGGCACCAGGAGGAGCUGAAUCUCCUUGAGAGCACCCACAGGAACCAGGUGAAGGUGGUGGAGGACACCUACGGGCAGCGGGAGGAGAGGCUGCGGCUGGAGAAGGAGCAGCUGAUGGCUCAGCUCCUGCUGCAGAGCCAGGAUGCGGAGCGGGCACGGGCAGAGCUGCUGGUGCAGCACCAGCAGCGCCUGGCCACGCUGGAGCAGCAGAACAAGCUGGAGAUGGAGCGUCUGCAAGAGCUGCAGAGGGUGUCUGUCCAGGAGAUGCGCAAAGACCACGAAGAGCAGCUGCAGCGGCUGAAGCGGCUGAAAGACCAGGAGAUCGAUGCAGUGACCAGCGCCACAUCGUACACCAGGUCUCUGAAUGGCAUCAUCGAGCAGAUGGAGAAGUUCUCCAGCAACUUGCAUGACCUCUCGCGAAAGGUGGAGGCCACACACCAUACCACCUCCCAGGAGCUGGCCAUGGGGGUACGGCAGCGGGACGAGCAGCUCAAGGUGCUCCAGGACAGGCUAUCGCAGCAGCAGAGGGACAUGGAGGAGGAGCGGAGCCGACUCCAGGAGGUGAUCGCUAAAAUGGAGGCCAGGCUGAGUGAGCAGACUCGGCUGCUGGAGCAGGAGCGAUGGAGGGCAACGGCAGAGCAAUCCAAAGUGGAAUCACUGCAGCACUCACUGGAGGAGCAGCGGCGAGUCAUGACCCAGCAGCUGUCCAUGGAGCGAGCAGAGCUGGAGAGGGCAAAGAGUGCUCUGCUGGAAGAGCAGAAGUCCGUGAUGCAGAAGUGCUCGGAGGAGCGACGGAAGCUGGCAGCCGAGUGGGCUGAAUUUCACACCCAGCAGCAGCUGAGGAAGGAGCAGAUGGAGCGCAACAUGGACCAAGCCCUGAAGAUGGACUCACAGAGAGAGGGCACCAUCAUGAGCCUGGCCAAGGAGCAGGCAGAGCUGAAGAUCUGGAGCCAUGAGCUGAAAACCAAGGAGGAGCAGCUGGUGAGGGACAGGGAGCUGCUGGACAAGUCCUGGCAGGAGCUGAGGCUGGAGAAGGAGAAGGUGAACAGGGCCACACUGCGCAUCCAGCAGCAGGAGGAGGAGAUUAAAAGCACGACCAAGCUCUCAUCCCAGAAGUACAAGGAAGGGGAGCAAGCCCUGCAAGAGGCGUGCAGGAUAGAGUCGGAGCACCAGAGGAGGCUGCAGGUCAUGGAGCAGCAGCUGGAGCAGCUGAAGCAGCAGGAACAGCGUCUUCACGAGGAGCGGCUGAGCAUGGCUCGCCAGAGGAGACAGCUCGAACAGAUACGUGAGGAACUGCCCACCAACUCUGCGAUGCUGCUGAACACAAACCAGGGCCUCAGUGCCCCUAGGAAAGGCCUCUCCAGCACACCGUGUUUUCCACUUCCCACCAGCGCGCUCCCUUGGCAUAGCCCAGGGGGUAGCAGGGACACUGGGGCUGGCCCCACCGAGCUCUACGCCACAUUGUUGCUGCUGAAGCACAGGGCCCAGCAGGACCAUGAUUUCUUAGAGAAGGAGCAGUUCUUCCUGGACACCCUGAAGAAAGCAACCUACAACACUUCAUCUCUGUCAGGCUGAGGAGGUGGCAUCCCCACGCACCCCAAGGGAUGGCUGUGCCUGUCCACGCAGGAGGCUGCUGUGGAGGAAAACAAACAAUAAAUAAUCCCAGUUCUCUGCUGA